UCUCGGUUAUAAAACGGUGUACCGCAGCAUUGAUGAUAAUAUAAAUAGGGAUUCCCCUUAGUUUUGUGCCAAUACGAGGGUCUCUCUUCCUUCUCGAGUCAGCCAGGCAGUCCAAUAAUGUUCGGCUUCUUCAGCGCUCAGGACUUUUUCCUUGUUAUCUUUGCUUUGAUAUUCGUCUGGGGCCUCUUUCGCCGUAGCCGCCGCAAUGCACCACUCCCUCCUGGUCCUAGGGGACUACCACUCAUUGGCAACCUCGUAGAUAUGCCCUCUGAGAAGGAAUGGUUUACCUUCGCUCGAUGGGCGAAGGAAUAUGGUGACAUCGCAUCGGUUUCCAUCCUUGGACAGCGUAUUGUCAUAGUAAAUUCGGCUCAAGUGGCUAUGGACAUGUUGGACAAGAAAAGCUCUAUUUUUUCGGACAGGCCGGUCGUCACUAUGGGUGGUGAACUGGUAGGAUGGAAGAAAAUCCUAGGUCUCAUGCCGUAUGGCGCGCGCUUUCGCAACUAUCGCCGGCGAGCACAUCAACUCUUCGGAAACAAUGCAGCAAUGAAGCAAUUCCUGCCGAUGGAGGAACUCGAGACGCACAGGUUUUUGAAGAGACUGCUUGAUAAACCGGAUGAUCUAUCUACUCACAUUCGGAAAACUGCAGGGGCUAUCAUCCUGCAGAUUACUUAUGGAUACGAGAUCCAAGAAGACGAAGAUCCGUUUGUGGAGCUGGCAGAACAGGCAAUGCACCAGUUCUCUCUUUCCGUGGCUUCUGGCGGGUUUUUGGUCAACCUUGUUCCAUCCUUACGCUACAUUCCAGACUGGUUUCCGGGCGCAGAAUUUAAACGGAUCGCUAAACGCUGGGCAUCGACACUAAGCGAUAUGGUGGAAAAACCCUAUGAUUAUGUGAAGCAGAAAAUGGCUAUCAGGGAGGCUCGCAUUUCCUUUACUUCGAAGCAGCUUGAUGCUGGUGUGAAUGCCGAGGAAGAGGUGGAUCUUAAAUGGCUCGCAGCAUCUCUUUAUGCCGGUGGAGCUGAUACUACCGUCGCGUCAAUCUACGCGUUCUUUAAAGCUAUGCUUUUGUUUCCCGAAGUCCAAGCAAAAGCACAAGCAGAGAUCGAUGCAGUCGUCGGGAAUGAUAAGCUACCUGGCUUCGAUGACCGAGAGCGCCUACCUUAUAUCAACGCUCUAGUGCUCGAAGUUUCUCGUUGGCAUACCAUCGCACCAACAGGUAUCCCCCAUUGUGUCACUGAGGAUGAUGUCCAUUCCGGUUAUUUUAUUCCGAAAGGUUCUAUUGUAUUGGCGAACAUAUGGAAAAUGCUUCACGAUCCCGCAGUCUACGAUAAGCCGUUUGAGUUCAGGCCCGAAAGGUUCAUUCGAACUGAAGACAAAGAGCCGGAAUUCGAUCCCUAUAACGUGUCAUUUGGAUUCGGUCGUCGGAUAUGCCCCGGCAGGGUUCUAGCCGACGCCUCGAUCUUCAUAUCCUGUGCUAUGGUAUUGGCGGUCUUCAAUAUUUCGAAGUACCGUGAAGGUGGCAUUGUUUUCGAACCAGAUACAGAAACUACUUCUGGGACUGUGAGCCACCCGACACCAUUCAAAUGUACAAUUAAGCCUAGGAGCGAAAAGGCCUUGGGACUCAUCAACGAGGAGAGGUUCGCAUGAAUCUCUGCCGGAAUAGUUGUCUAGCACGAAGCAUACCGGGUCAUCACAUCUAUCCGAUUCGUUCCAUAGAACUCGAAGCUGCAGUAUGCUUCAUAUGACCUGUCGGCUGCCAACAGUACCCAUCAGACCACGCUAUGUAAUCCUAUCUACCACCUCGGCACUGCUGUACACGCCCUGCACUUUGAAUUCGUGAGUCUCCAUCCAGAGAGGCAUAGCUCGAAUCUGAUCAAGAGCGACGUGAUCCGUGCCAUUUUGUUGAAUACAGUAAGGCAAAACCAGGAUGCUGAUCGGCUGCACGCUGAGAAGAAGCUCCUGGUCAGAGUGAAACACGGGAAGAUAAGCCUUGCCCCACCUCAUCGAAAGAGAGGUCCAGUUAGGGACGAUCCAAUACGACCUGAAAGUACAGGCUAGGGCCUUACGAUUGUUGCAUGUUUCGUGCUGUUCAUUUGGGACUAGA